UGGGAAGAGACGCACGACCAUGAAAAUAUGGCGGAUGUGGUCGAGCCGGAGAAGAAAAGAAGGAGAAUAGAGGAGCUGACUGAGAAAAUGGCAGUAGAUGGCGGGAGCGGGGUCAAGGGAGACUGGGAUGGGCGCUGGAACCAUGUCAAGAAGUUUCUAGAGAGACCUGGACCAUUCACACACCCUGACUUUGAGCCCAGCACAGAAUCACUUCAGUUUUUAUUAGAAACAUGUAAGAUUCUGGUUAUUGGAGCUGGUGGCUUGGGCUGUGAACUCCUCAAAAAUCUGGCUCUGUCUGGUUUUCGUCACAUUCAUGUAGUUGAUAUGGACACCAUUGAUGUCUCCAACCUGAACAGGCAGUUUCUAUUUCGGCCUAAAGAUGUGGGGCGGCCAAAGGCAGACGUGGCAGCAGAAUUUGUCAACUGUCGUAUCCCAGGAUGCAAAGUGGUACCGUAUUUUAAGAAAAUACAAGAUUUUGAUGAAUCAUUUUACCGCCAAUUCCAUAUUAUCGUGUGUGGCCUGGACUCCAUCAUAGCCAGGCGGUGGAUGAACGGCAUGCUGAUGUCCCUGCUGAUUUAUGAAGACGGCGUCCUGGACUCCAGCUCCAUCAUCCCGCUCAUCGACGGGGGGACGGAGGGCUUCAAGGGCAACGCGCGGGUGGUCCUCCCCGGCAUGACUGCCUGCAUCGAGUGCACUCUGGAGCUCUACCCACCCCAGAUUAAUUUCCCGAUGUGUACCAUUGCUUCCAUGCCCCGGCUGCCGGAGCACUGUGUGGAAUAUGUUCGCCUGCUGCAGUGGCCUAAAGAAAAACCCUUCGGAGAUGAGGUUGCGCUGGACGAUGAUGACCCUGAGCACAUCCAGUGGGUGUUCCGGAGGUCCCAGGAGCGAGCGUCCGAGUUCAAAAUCACAGGGGUCACCUACAGACUCACGCAAGGUGUUAUGAAGAGGAUCAUUCCUGCAGUUGCCUCUACAAAUGCAGUCAUUGCAGCGGCAUGUGCAACUGAAGUGUUCAAAAUUGCUUCAAGUGCCUACAUUCCCCUGAAUAACUAUAUGGUGUUCAAUGACGUCGAUGGUCUGUACACCUACACUUUUGAAGCAGAAAGAAAGGAAAACUGUGCCGCCUGCAGCCAGGUACCUCAGAAGCUGCAGUUUUCUCCGUCGGCUAAGCUGCAGGAAGUGCUGGACUACCUGACGGAGAAUGCCUCUCUACAAAUGAAAUCUCCUGCAAUCACAGCAACUCUGGAGGGGAAAAAUAAAACGCUGUAUUUGCAGACUGUAGCAUCUAUCGAAGAAAGAACACGGCCAAAUCUUUGCAAAACACUGAAAGAGCUGGGUCUAGCUGAUGGGCAGGAACUGGCCGUUGCUGAUGUCACCACUCCACAGACUGUCCUCUUCAAACUAAAUUUCACCUGAUGAGCCAACCAGAGUACAACAACCAACUAAUGCUUCAAAUACAUAAAUAAUAGGAAUAUUUCUGUCUGUAAAUUAGCCUUUAAGGUGAAAAUAGCUACUGGGUCAGUAAAACUUGAAGCAAUUUUAACAUGUUUAAAUGCAAUCAUGUAAAUAAUUCAUUUUUUGUGCUCUGAUUUGCCCAGGAUGCAAUUUUAAGUUCAUAUUCCUUUAGGAAUAUUUGACCCUAAUACAAUCCCAUGUACAGUUGGCAAAGAAAAAACUGGGUGAAAUGACUCCUCUAGUUCCUGGUUCGGAUUUCUUUUGCAACUAGACCUAACCUACAUACAGUGAUAUUUAUGUAUAUUUUUGUGCACUGCUGCCACGUAGUAUGUCCAGUUAUGGGAUUUGGCAAAAUAGACGGACAUGUUUCAAAGUAUUUGUCUGUUGAUGUGAACAUCAUUCAUAUUUAUUAUCUGUACUGUUUUUUUCUGUUAAAACACUCAACUCUGUCUUCGCAAAAAUGGAAACCAGUCGAUUAAAUAUUUACUGGAAUAAAUUUUUUUCGUAUACAAUA